AUGUCGAUGCCCGGCGAUGAAGGGGCGGGCCUCUUGCCCGGGGUUCUAGGCCUACAGGGUCCUCUCCAGGGCCCACCCCAACCCCUUCCCCUCCUCCCACCACCACUUUUCGAGGGUGGCCACGAAUCGGAUGAUUUUCUGCCUCGUUCCCGGUGCUACACGUGGCCAAUGCAGCAAUUUUUCGACUCAACAAGUCCGCUGAUUUCAAGAGAACCGACCGUAGCUCAAUUAUUGACUCAACCAUGUAGCUCAAAUCAUUUACCAAUCCUUCUACAAACUCCAGCAAAAAAAAAGCGAUGUCGAAAGAAACCGGCUGAUCAAUUGGCUCAAAAGAAGCCGAAUCCAUGGGGUGAAGAGUCGUAUUCGGAUUUGAUCGCCAAAUCAUUAGACUCGACACCGGAAGGACGACUGAAAUUGAAUGAGAUUUAUCAAUGGUUUUCUGAUAAUAUUCCAUAUUUUCGAGAUCGAUCUAGUCAAGAAGAAGCCGCUGGAUGGAAGAAUUCGAUUCGACACAACUUGUCACUUCACUCGCGCUUUAUGCGAAUUCAGAAUGAAGGAGCUGGGAAAUCUUCAUGGUGGGUGAUCAAUCCAGACGCAAAACCAGGUCGAAACCCACGACGAACUCGCGAUCGAGCUGCUACUGCUGAUUCAAAAACGAUUGGAAAUCUAAAAGAAACCCGACGAAAGGCUCGCAAUCGUGUGAAAGAUAUUCGAGCGAUGAUGGGUGGAAGUGUCUCCUCAUCACAAGUUUCAAUCUCAUCACAUGAACCCCUUUUCGCUGAUGAUCCAAAUUUCCCACCAAUGUUUAGAGAUCGUGCCAACUCGGCGCUCACCAAUCCAGCUUCUCGUGUUUCGCCGAGUAUGGAGGGCUUCAACGAUUUCGAUUUCCCUCCAUGGGUUGACGCCUCGGCUCCACCGCAAAUCCCGGCUGAUAUCGUCGACAGAACACAGGAGAUUCGCCUCGAGGGUUGUAUUGAUGCGAAUUCGCCGGCUUUCCGUCGAACUCUUCUCAAUGGGAUCAAUGGAGAGCACAAGGAGAUGAAAACGGCGAAAUUGGAGCUCCAAGAUCCGCCAAUGAUGCAAACAGCUCCACCAUCGUAUCACGAGUUGAACGCAGUGCGCUCGCAGAAUCAACAGAUGCAGAAUCCGUUGCUCCGGAAUGCAGCACUCGGUCAAUUGCCAAAACAGGGUGGCUCUUAUGGUUUCUCUCCAUACUCAACGUGGAAUAUGUCACCCGGAAUGUCAUUGCCAACAACACAAUCAUGCGCUUCACAACAGGUUGCAUCGAUGGGCAGUCUGCCAGUAGAUCUCGAGAAUCUAACCCUUCCCGAUCAACCACUAAUGGAAAUGGAUAUGGAGGCAGUGCUGAGACACGAGCUCUCCCAAACCAACAAUCAACUCAAUUUCGAUAUC